GGCGGGCGGGGUGAGCGCGCCAUGGAGGAGGAGGCGGGGGGAGGAGUAAUCGAGCUUUGUUCCCCUGGCUGCCCGGGCGGGGACGAGGCCUUGUCCGUGCUCCGGCCGUUCUGAAGAGACGCGGCUGCGAGUGACCGCCUCGAGUGCAGGGGGAGUGAGGAGUGAGACCCCCCGGGGCCAUGAAGAGCCCGGGCCCCCCGGAGCCGUGACGCGUGUGCCGCCCCCUCCCUGUAUGGCGGACAUGGCCCCGGCGCUGACCGGAGCCGCACAGGAAGCUCCGCACCGGCUGAAGCUCAGCGCCUCGUCCCCCGCCUGGAAGCCGGAGCUGACCGGGGCGCAUAGAGGCAGCAGCAGCCUCCUCCUCCUGAACGGUGGGGAGCGGCCGGGGAAGAGCCGCGGGGAGGAUGGAGCGGAGCCCGGGGCCCUGUGUGCGCGGAGAGCCGCCCGCAUGUCCUCCCGGCAGCUGGAGCUCGGGGCCCGGGCCCGCCGGCUGUGGAGGAGGCUGCAGGUCAUCCAGGCCAAGCAGGUGGAGCGGCACGUACGGCAGCAGCUGGCCGGCCUGGUGGAGAUGCUGGCGGAGCGGGGGCCCCGGGGGCUGCCGGGAUCUCCUCACACCGAGCUGGACCGGCUGGCGGGCAGCUCCACGGCCAGACUGCGGGCGGCGCAGGGAGGAUUCGACUCGGACGCUACGGAGAGCAGCAGCGGGGGAGAGAGCGACGGGGACACCGCGGAGGAGCCGGAGGACGGGAGCGACCGGGACGAAGAGGAGCGGAGUGCGGAGCCGGGGUCUGACCAGCGUUCAGAGUGGAGGUGGGCGAUGGAGCGGGCGGCUAUUAUCUGUCGGUGGACAUGGUUACAGGCUCAGGUUUCCGACCUAGAGUUUCGGAUAAGGCAACAGACGGAGAUCUACAAGCAAAUCCGAUGUACUAAGGGAAGUGUUGCGCUCGGGGACUCUUCACAGAGUGAAGACUCAACGCCGCACCAGUCACCAGGACCCUCAGCAGUGCUGAAUACAAGAGGCAGCCGGUUGCCUCCUUCCUCAUGUUCCCCGUCUGUCAUUAAAGCCCCACAUGGGGACAAUCUUUGUGAAGCCUCAUCGAUCACUCCCACCCCUGCUCGGCAAAGUGCAGACAAACAGUGUUCCUGCCUUACACAAUCUGUUGAAAAUGUUGCGUGUCAAAACCCUCCCCCCACUGCGCCGUGCGAAUCCCACGGACCCCAGAAAUCAUCUCGUCAAGUCAACGGACUCAUAAACUGUGUGCGUUCCAGUCUGUCUUGUAAUGGUUCCACAGAGGAUCUGGUUCCUGAAGAAGUGCUGGGUAAAAAACGCCGUGUUGAAGGUCUGUCUGCAGCACCAGCGCCCCCCGACUCCACCUGUGUGGCAGCCAGAACACGGCCCCUGCGUGGUCACAAGAAGCGCCGACUGGUCAGGUCCAGUGAAGUGUCGUCUCUCAGUAGGAAGCCACAGAAGCAGCUGUCGUCAAAGUGCGACUGUGAGCCUCCGACUACUUGUAUUCUAUGUGGAUGCAAGACCUACGUGAAGACUACACAUCCCAGCACCAUGACUCUGAGCGAGCGCUUAGCACUAGCAGAUCCAUGCUACCACCCCAUCCUCUCCUUCCCCUACGAUACACCCCUUAACUUGCACUUUGAAGCGUUGCUAAAAGAAGACAGGCAGUUCCGGUUCUCUCACAAACUCAAAGCUCUUAAGUUUUCCCAGCUCAGCAAGAAAACCUCAGAAAAGUUGCGGAGAGACUGUCCUAGCCCGACGCCAGAUUUCACAGGCAGUAGCUGUUAUGAUAGAAGUGACCAGGAGAGGCUAAGCCCCCAUCGUACUGAAGCCUGGCCAAGGGACGUUAGGUUAACCCCAGACGCAGAAAGGGUGAAAUCACAGCGCCAUAAAACUCCAAAUCCAUCACAUUCAGGGUCUCUGUUUCGAGAGGACAGGCAGUACAAAGGAACGCCGAACUCCAGCAUACACAUAUCCAGCCCUGUUACACCAAGACCAAGCAAUGCGGCCCAGCAGCUUUCAUCCCUCACAGAAACCCCCCCGUCAUCUAACUCAGCAGCUCUCAAGCGGAAAAGGUUUGAAAAUUCAUAUGACAUAGAUAACAUUGUCAUUCCAAUGUCUAUGGCGGCCGCAGCUCGUGUGGAGAAGAUCCAGUAUAAGGAAAUUCUGACGCCGAGCUGGCGAGUGUUGGACCCAUCAGAGGUCACCAUCCUGGAAGUAGAUCCAGAGCUAGAAGACCUGUCUGAGGAGGCGUAUCUAUACCGGCACAGCGAAUAUGAGGAUCUGGAACGUUCCCGCUGGGAUUCCUGGACUUCAUCUGUUCCACAGAGGCGAGGGAGCAGAUCCUCUAACAGAUCUGACGGUCGAUGGACCCCUCAACCUUCAUCCAAUAGCCAAGGGUCUUUCCAGCAGCCCCCAUCCCCGGACAUUGGAUUCCAAAGCCUUAAUGAUGUCCCGCUAUCCCUGUCAUCUGCUGCAACAGACAACCAGGAGCCUUACAGCACAGUCCAAUGCCUCUCUGUCCACAGCCGCGUCAGGGGGCUAUCCUGGAGUGAAGACACACGAUCUUCCACCCCUGAGGUUCCAGAUGAAGAAGAACUGACUGUGUCACCCUGGGAGCCUCGCCCAUUUCCCCUGUCAGACCGAGACUAUCGAACUCUCCAGAACGUUCCGGUAACCACGCCGAACAGAGGCAAGAACAAGCUGCAGCCAGACGUCCUUUGGGACGCAGGGAUCAAGUGUGGCCCCCGGACUGAGAGCAUAGACUCUGGCAUGUCAACAGAAAACCUCGCCCCUGCCUCCAAAGAUCCCCCUUUACCCAAUAGCAUUUCAGUAGUUCGAUUUCGCGCCCAUAGCGGUGAAAAAAUCGCAAGCUUGGAAUAUUUUCCUGCCAGGCCGGUGAACAAGAGAUGAAAGCUCCUCCUCUCUACAAGAUGAUGUGUACGACUGGAGAAUGCAAAACCCCAUAUACUUUAUUUCAGUACCAAGUGCUUGGCUGACGUGCCGGCCCGAGCAGAGAAUACGGAGCCACCGGUAUGGUCAGGGGGUCCUGGGCUCGGCAGCACGCUGAAGUAAAAGGCCUGUGAUGAGGCGAAGGCACAGAGAGAGGGCCGCAGGCUGAUCCUCACUCGCUUACCGCGGACCGCGGGAAAGUCUCCAGACGUGGAUGACGCCAAUUUCCUGCUGCUUCCUGAGGCGCAAAAGGCAGAGUAGGUCCAUGGAGCAGGCAGAGGAGAGGGGGAGGAUUUAUAGGCAUUUCUAAAUAUGUGGGGGGAUGUCACAGUGAUAAUCAAGUGUAAUAACCUUGGUCGCCAUAAGGAGCGCACUUCAGCUACCGGAGGCCCCUCAGGCGGUGAGACGCUCUUCAGGUGUCUCGAGUUUCCUGUCACUAGUUCUUAGUUUCUGUUCAUCACUGUAACUAUACAGCAGGAGAAGCGGGUUCUCCCAGUGUCCGGCGCCACGAACGGCCACAGUCAAGAGGACGGAAAAAAAAAUAAUAAAGCAGCGAAGCAACCGGACUGAGACUCCUCCUCCCUUUACUUGGAAAUUGUGUAAUUAUUGAAUGAGUGGAAAGAAUUGACUCCUGUCUGAGAAUAGCCGGGUGUAUAUGGAUAUAUGGAGGUAGAUUUAAAAAUAAUAAAUUCUAAAUCAUAUUACAA